UCUCGGUACCGAAAGGGUUCUGCAGCACAUCUAUUUUUUCCUUUUGUGCUGCAUUCGCGAUGGUCUGUGCGUGACUUUUCCUCGCCUAAUAGAGGCACGGCUGCUCCUUUCUCUCUCUCUCUCCACCCUCCCCCCUCCAGAUUUUUUCCUCACCACCUCCCUUUCCCGCGAGCCUUCCUCUCUUCUCUUUUCGCGGGUUUGGUUCAGGGUUCCCGGUCACUCAGACCCCCUUUUUGACCUCCCAGCGCCGGGGAAGCUGGAAGCGAUGGGACGCCGCGUUUUCAGCACCACGGAGAGCACCCGACUUCUGCUGCUGGGUGUGCUGGCGCUGUCCGUGGUGCUGGCGGAGCAGGAGGGAGAGAACCUGUCCGGGCUCUCCGAGAACCCCGACAGAGCCAUCUUCGCCGUGCGGGAGAACAGCACGACCUGCCUGAUGGUGGAGUUCGCCGUCAAAAUCCUGGUGCCAUAUGACGUGCUCGCGCUCAACGGGAUAGACCUGAUCACAGAGCAGGCGUAUUUCACUUUGCCCCGCAGCGCAGAUAUCGAGGGGAAAUGUGGGGCCACGGAGUCAGAGAUCCACAUUUCUUGGAAGAACGGCGCGUACCUUCUGCGCAUUUACUUCUCCAAGGAGUUCCGGGACAAAGGCACGGAGGUGUGGAAGAUCAGCAAAGUCCAGUUCGUCUAUGACACCUCCGAGACGUCGCAUUUCAUCAACGCUUACAACCCUGGGAAGCACACAGCCAGCACUCACCGUCUGUCGGCCCUGGUGACCCCUGCAGGCCGCUCCUACGUCUGUGCGGCCCAGCAGUCCUUCACCCUCAUCUCCAGCGACCACCAGAAGGGCAUCUCCGUCUCCAUGUACGACAUCCAGCUUCAGCCCUUCGACAUGGCCUCUGACUUCAUGUUCGGCGAACCCUACAAGUGCAUCAUGGACCAGCGGGAGCGCCUGGAGGAGACCCUCCCCCUCAUCCUGGGCCUCAUUUUAGGUCUGAUAAUCAUCAUCACACUCACCAUCUACCACUUCCACCUCAAGCUGACAGCCAAUCAGCCCCAGCUCCCCAGAGACCGCUCCAUGUACAAGAACAUGUAGUGCCGCAGCCACCCAGCCCCCCCUCCCAAAGCCAUCACGACCGCAGACAUUUCCUCAGAGCACCCCCCCCCCCCCCCCCCCCCCCCCCGACCUCCGACACCUCAGAGGACUUUUGUUCCAGCUCUGGACCGAGUCCUCGAUCCGAGAGCGGCCAACACCGAACUGUCCAUCUGGAGCUUUCCGGCCGUCGAAGCUCGACUCAACGGGACAGCUGGGGACGCACAAACUGACCGCACAAUUAGAUCAGAGAAAAACAGAAAAAGAAGACAUUCCAGCUUCUGCGUUCACCAUCCUUUCUGUUCCUAACCCAUGUCUUCUGCUUCAUCUCCAUGUUUUGUCACUUUGAAUGCAGCCAUAGUGUUGACAGUGUAGUGAACAGUGUGUGUUUUUCUCUUUCUUUGGGGUUAUUUUGCUUUCACUUCAGCAGAACUUUGCUACAAACCAAUGCGUGGAACAUAUCAAAGGAAGAAAAAACUAAAAACAGCAGAUACUGAACAGAAGAUUAUUGCAUUUAUGCAGAGAGAUUAUUGAAAGUCUAUGCAUAAACCUUUGUUGAUGCAACCGUGUGCACUAUUCUGUCCUGUCUGAAAUAAAUUGCUGGAGAACUCUU